AUGUUUGCUGAGGUCAAAGUUUAUUGUGUACCUACUCCCACACACACUGUGCAGAGGGAGUCUCAAGAGGAGGCUGGGCCUAACUUCUUCUUUGACCAGAGAGCUCUUGAUUCCGCUCAUCGCAAACAGAAGAGACAACAGGACAGAGGACCCCCUGCAAAGAGACGACCCCCUCCCCAGCCCAGGGGGCCGUGCUGGUUCUGUCUGGGGGGCAAGGAGGUGGAGAAACAUCUCGUGGUCUCCAUCGGAGAUCAUACGUACCUGGCUUUAUCCAAGGGUGGGAUGGUACCAGAGCAUGUGCUGGUCCUACCCAUCGGUCACUAUGCAGCCUCCACUGACGCACCACCAGAGGUUUUGGAGGAGCUUGGAAAGUUUAAGAGUGCUCUGAGGAAGUGCUUCAACAGCAAAGAUCAGUCGUGUGUCAUCUUCGAGAGAAACUACAAAUCACAGCAUCUUCAACUACAAGUUAUUCCAGUGACCAAGAUUCCAUCUGAUGCUCUGAGACAAGCCUUCAUAGAUUAUGGGUGGAGUAUGGGGGUGUGGCUUGAGACUGUGCCCAGGGAAACACCACCCUCAGAGCCUCGAUUCCAGGCAGAUUAA